CAUAUUCAUGAGUGUACUAAAUCGGACAAGUCAAGAAAAAGUGUGACGCGACUUUGCAAGUUUCUAACAAUUAAAAUAAAUUGUGAAAUAUUUACUAUAGUUUUAUUUCAACUCGAUAAAAGAAGACGCUUGAGUAAAAAUGGCUGAUAAUGAUGAUCUUUUGGAUUAUGAAGAUGAGGAGCAGACCGAGACCACAGUCGCUGAAGUUCCAGAAGCGCCAAAGAAGGAUGUGAAAGGCACAUACGUGUCAAUUCACAGUUCUGGCUUCCGUGACUUCUUGUUGAAGCCAGAAAUUUUGCGUGCAAUAGUCGAUUGCGGUUUUGAGCACCCGUCCGAAGUGCAACACGAGUGUAUACCACAGGCUGUAUUGGGUAUGGAUAUAUUAUGCCAAGCUAAGUCGGGUAUGGGUAAGACUGCUGUUUUUGUACUUGCCACUUUACAACAGCUGGAACCGACAGAGAAUGUGGUAUACGUAUUAGUCAUGUGUCACACUCGUGAAUUAGCAUUCCAGAUCAGCAAAGAGUACGAAAGAUUCUCCAAAUACAUGCCGGCUGUAAAGGUUGGUGUAUUCUUCGGUGGAUUAUCCAUACAAAAAGAUGAAGAAUCUUUGAAGGGUACAACACCUCACAUUGUUGUAGGUACACCCGGUCGUAUUCUUGCUUUGAUACGCAAUAAAAAAUUGAACUUGAAACAUUUGAAACACUUUAUUCUUGACGAAUGUGACAAAAUGUUGGAACAACUAGAUAUGCGUCGUGAUGUACAGGAGAUUUUCCGUAGCACUCCACAUGGAAAACAAGUCAUGAUGUUUUCCGCCACAUUGAGCAAGGAAAUACGUCCAGUGUGCAAAAAAUUCAUGCAAGAUCCCAUGGAAGUUUAUGUGGAUGACGAAGCAAAAUUGACAUUGCACGGACUGCAACAGCAUUAUGUUAAAUUGAAGGAGAACGAGAAAAACAAAAAAUUGUUUGAAUUACUGGAUGUACUCGAAUUUAAUCAAGUUGUAAUUUUUGUAAAGUCGGUACAACGCUGCAUGGCGCUAGCCCAAUUGCUUACUGAACAAAAUUUCCCCGCAAUUGGCAUACAUCGUGGUAUGACCCAAGAAGAACGUUUAAACCGUUAUCAACAGUUUAAGGAUUUCCAAAAACGUAUUUUGGUGGCAACCAAUCUUUUUGGACGUGGUAUGGAUAUAGAACGUGUCAACAUUGUGUUUAAUUAUGAUAUGCCGGAAGAUUCUGACACUUACCUGCAUCGCGUUGCAAGAGCUGGACGUUUUGGUACCAAAGGUUUGGCAAUAACAUUUGUUUCCGAUGAAGCAGACGCCAAAAUUUUGAACGAAGUGCAAGACCGAUUCGACGUCAAUAUCACUGAAUUACCGGAUGAAAUUGAUCUAUCUUCAUAUAUUGAGGGACGAUAAGAUAUUUAAAACUUAGUAUUUUUACUGAAAUGGGAUACUUCAUUGUAAAUCUACCACAAUGUAGAAUGUAUUACUCAAAUAAAGAACCAGAUAUAAAAAUAUA